AUGCCCAACCUAGAAGCCCCCACUGCGCCUCCGUCUCCUGGAAUUCCAGCCGCCCAAAUCAAAGAUUCACCACCUCCACCCAGGCGUCAACCACCACCUGUGCCAAAGAAGGCCAUAAAGGCCGAUAAGUCCACGUGUGGCAUCUGCUAUCAACGAGUAGAGCUAAAGCCCAAAGCCAAAGCAAACAUUCAUUUCAACAAGUGUUGGGAGGGUCUAAGAGAGAAGGCGAAGGAACCGAAGAGUCAGAAUGCGAAGAAUACCCUGGAGGAAAACGAGGUUAGAGACAGCGACGAGACCUCGUUGGAGACGCUGCAAGUCGAGAACAGCGAACUAGAUGAGAGAGAGGAACCAUCCACACCGAUACCAUCAUUCUCACCAGACCUGGAAAAAACAUCCUGUCUCCUUUGCCACAGGGACCUAUGGGGUAUGAAAGAUCUCGACGCCUUCGACCACCGCUUGAUCUGCCUCAAAAUCCUCUCCCCAGCUCGCUGCCCUGUCUGCGAGGUCUCCUUCAGAGAACUUCCCGAGCCAUGCGAUGACGUCCUCUCGUGCGAAAGUAGUGGCUGGCCAAUUCAUACCAUGAUCUGGCAUCUACACGCUUGCCAGAACGACUGCCAUACUUGCCCAGAGGCACAGGUCGACUGGACAGCCUUGAUUUCUCGGCGGGCUGGUCGUACCGAAGUAGCGCAGAGAGUCUUCUGGAAGAGUAUAGGAGAAAGAAAAGAUUGGGGUCUGCGCAAACACAGGGACAGCGUGAAGACCAAGAAGAAGUCGGGGUUAGCGCGUGAGGAUGGGAUAUAUCGGACAAAGAGCUCGCCGUUGCGUACUUCGCAGAUAAUCGUUCCUGCGCGUGAGUCACAUAGUGAGUCGGAGAUCGAGGUAACGAGGGCGGAGAAAGCUGUCGUAGCCGAAAAGAUCCUUUUCGAUCGGUUCAUAAGGUCUAGCUUCUCCAUAAUGAAGCUCCCUCACUCCGCGAAAAUGCGCACGGACUACAAACCUGAGGAAGUGCGAACGGAGGUACUGCCUCUCUUCGAUUCGAAGACAUUUUGGAAACAACUUUCGUACAAAGCGCAGACGCAAUUGCUACCCAAGCUUGUACCUAAGCCACUCAACGUCACCUCUCCUACCAAGAAGAAACUACCAGCUGACCGUGCGCUCGCGGAAAAGUUUCCAGUUCCUAUAAACAAAGACGAAGCGAAGUCGCAGCUUCGAUUGUUAAGCAAUCCGCUAGAACCUCUCGCUCCGAUGACUUCCGCGGCGAACUCAGACGCGCUUCUUAAAGCACCACAGCGGUCCGCAAUCCCCAAGAACAAGGAUGAACUCAACGUUUUCCAAAAGAAGUUGUUAGAUCUGUUGAAGCCUGUUGCAGACCAAGAAAGUGUCACGCUCCCUCGGAAGGUGCGACAGUUCCCAGAGAUCACCCUGACUUGUCCACACGAAGAACCCGACAGUCCGCCUGCAUCGGCUUCUUUGCUGCCUAUGGAGCGGAACCAAGCAGAUUCCGUUGUACGAUCCGACGCGCCGAGCAGCAACAACGCGAUGACCAGCGCCGCUACAGCAAGCCAAAACCCUUCCAGCAGGACGUCUUCACCGCCGAACGAUAGCCCCUCGACCGCCACAACACCUCAACAUAGCUCUCUCGAUACAAAGAGACCAACCCCGCGGACUAUUGGAUCAAGUGAAAAUUGGCGUAACUCGCCUCCCAACGCUCAAGAACGAUUCAAUAAAUUGUUAAGAAUGAAUACCGCAAGGCCAUACUACGGACGGUCUGCAAAUCCGCUGUCUAAGCCAGAGCCACUUCCCAACGGCACAAGGUCAUCUCCGCAUCCGUGGCCGGCCAGCUUUGGCGAAAGAAGAUCUAUGGCUGCUGUCACUCUACCAGUACAUGGUAAGCCGGCAAAUCCUCUUCCGGAGAGCUCGCUAGAGUGGAUGUUUUACAACUUCCGGGAACUUGACCGGGAGGCGGAGGUCGAAACCUAUGUGUACGGUCGGCGUGGCGCCAUUCCAGUUGACUUGAAGUCCAAUAUCCGUACUGUUAUCGACCCUGCGCUGUCUGAGGAAGAGCAGAUGGCGCAGAACCGGGAGUGCUGCAGAGGAAUGUUCGGGAGCUUUGCCGAGACGAGCGAGUAG